AAAUAAAAAAGAUUUGUUCAUGGGAUAAAAAAUGUAUUACCCCGUAGCUUAUCAUUYGGGAACGCACGGAGAAGGCAGCGGCCGCUGAAUAUGGCCUAUCCAUUAUAUAUUAUCUAUGGUUAGAGCACUAUAAAUGUAGUAUAGUGCCUUACUAUGGUAAUAACAUAUUUUGAGACGGUUGUUGUUGUUUACAAAUAUUUGAUAUCAUGCUAUCCAUCCUCGUGAUAGCUGAUCAAAUCAACCGUUGCUCGUUGGCCGCUGACGUGAGAAUAUUAUUGUUACAAUUAUUAUUACACGUCGCCGUCUGCUGAGUAGGUGCUUUAAUUCCUAUUAAAAUAUACAAUUACUAAGUAGUACCAUUUGACAUUUGCCCAUUUAUCCACUUACGAUAACGCACUGUAGUCAUUUUAUAGUAAAAAAAUUAGUUCCGACAGUGGUAUCUCAGAAUAAUUGAGUCCGUGGCAUGGCACCACGUCUCGUGUGCACAUAAAACCAACAACUGUACUCUGCAAUAACUUAAAGUCACCAUCAACUUGGUUGUGUGCUAUUUGUUGUCGUCGUCGAAAAUAAACUUAUUGCCGUCUAGUUAGUACAAAUGAUCAUGCUUAAAGCCGUAAUACUGAUUGGCGGCCCAUCCAAAGGCACUCGAUUUAGACCCCUUUCGUUGGAUGUACCUAAACCACUUUUCCCCGUGGCUGGCUUACCUGUUGUUCAACACCACAUAGAUGCAUGUUACCGUCUGGGCCAAAAGCGUAACUCAAUUGCUGUAGACGGUAGUAAGAACAAUGUCAACAAAUAUUGUAUAGCCGAAGUGCUCUUAUUGGGAUACUACGGAGAUGAUGAGCUGGCAGACUUUUUACUUACAGCCACUCAGAGUUAUCCAUCACUGCGAAUUAGAUAUCUACGCGAGCCUGAUGCUUUGGGUACAGCUGGUGGCUUAUAUCAUUUUCGAGAUACGAUACUUGCUCCGUUAGGAAAUACUGAUGGCAGUGAAGGUGAACAAGUGCAGGCAUUUUUUGUAAUGAAUGGUGAUGUUUGCGCUGAUUUUCCAUUAGAUGAAAUGCUUGACAUGCACUUCAAUAAUAAUAAUUYCCAGUCACAGCAUCAACAAAAACCUGUGCUAAUUACUGUUAUGGCUACUGAAACUACUCGACAACAAUCUGUACACUAUGGUUGCAUGGUUGUAGACAAAGAAACAAAUAUCAUACAACAUUAUGUUGAGAAGCCAUCUACAUUUGUUUCAAACACAGUGAACUGCGGUGUUUAUUUGUGUUCCCCACGGUUAUUUGAUACUAUAGCAGAUAUUCAUUUAGAAAUGUCUAACAGUAACGGAAAUGGUAAUCAACAACAUAUCACCAGGUAUACUACUAACAGUCAUAAAAGUAAUAUUAACCAACAGCAGCAACAAAAGCUGACUGAAGAGCGAGUUGCUGCUGCCAUGGUCAUGUGGAUGGAGCAAGAUGUGCUACGUAGACUGGCAGGAGAAUCUGGAAGUGGUUGCAGUAGUGGUGGUGAUGUUGGUAGUAGAAUAAAGAAAGAUGCUGUAUGUAGUGGAGUGGCAUUGGCAGCAACAACACGUAACUGGUGGUCUCAAUUAAAGACUGCUGGUGCUGCAAUCUAUGCAAAUCGUCACUAUUUAGCUUUGCGCCAACAACGACAACGAUUACUACAACGAGAGUCAAUUGAUUUACCAUUGCCUUCACCAGUAAAAUGUCGAUUGGCAACUGCAAAUCCUAAUGGUGGAUAUUCAACAAUUGGAAAUGUGUAUGUGCAUCCAUCAGCUCAAGUGCAUCCAACUGCAUUACUCGGUCCAAAUGUAAGUGUUGGCGAAGGAGCAUGUAUUGAUCAAGGUGUACGUGUCAAGGAGUCUAUUGUGCUACAAGAUGCUGUCAUAGGUCAACAUAGUCUGGUGAUGCACAGCAUUAUUGGUAGACGUGCUAAAGUUGGUGCUUGGUGUCGUGUAGAAGGUAGUGCAGCAUGUUCGGACCCUAAUCCUAAUGUGGCAUAUGCAAAAAUGACACCUCAGCUGCCCUUAUUUAACGCCUUAGAUGGUCGACUUAAUCCAUCCAUAACUAUACUUGGUUGUGGAGUCAACGUCGAAUCUGAGGUGGUAUUAUUGAACAGCAUUGUGUUGCCUUACAAGACUUUAACUAGAAGUUAUAAAAACGAAAUAAUAUUGUGAUCAUUAUAUAGAUGAAGACUCAUGAAAUGUAAAUUAAGACAAAAUUAAAUUAAUAAUAUUUUUUGUGUGUCAUAUAAUUAUUGGCCAACUCAUUAUCGAUACAUAAAUUAUGAUGUAAAUUUAUUGUUAUUAUAAAUACGAGUAUUUAUGCAUUUAUAUUAAUUUA